GAAUGAAGAGAAUCCCCACAUUCCAUUAAUUUUUCUAGUCAACUGUUAUCUGUCUUAUCUGCCCGAUAAAGUUACAAUAGUAUUAGAUACUCCGCAGUGGUUCCCGUUAUCAAUAAUUUAAACAAUAUUUCCAGUAAAAGGUAAGAUGACAAUAAAAAUUUCCGGUUUUACAGCUUUCGUGAAUACGGACUAGUACCACGAUAAACCCAACACUCAUUAUGUGCGAUAUCCUCGACGAAUAGGUGCGUGAUUUCCAAAUAUUUGUUAUCGACACAUAUUUGAGGCGUUACUAUCGCGGAAAAUUCGUGGGCCAUUCUACAAUCGAAAUAUCCAUUGAAAUAUUUAUCCAAACGUUUGAACGGAUAUGAAACAACGAGUCGAUAUCUAGAUUCAGAUAUUUUUAGAGUUGGGUCAACUUCAAACGUCGAAGCGGCGCUAACUAAUUCGUUCAAAUGAAGUGUUUCUUUUAAAACAACAUGAGUAAUGAUAAACGGCAGUAUGGUUAUCGAAUGCAAUUGUUUUGCAUGACUGGGUAUAAUUUGACUCUCAGAUCUACAGGAGAAGUUUUGGGCACAGAAGAUGAUGCUGAUAUUGAUAGUCAUGUAGAAAUUUCCUCAGGUGGAGAUAUAAGUCAUGUGAGGAUUUUCGGUCUGAACAGUAAACUUUACUUGUGCUUCAAAAAUGAUGGGAGGAUGUACGGAGAGGAAGACCCAUCGAAUGAAGGAACUAUUUUCAUAGAAAAUUUUCAAGGACUUUAUUCUACGUACCGAUCAAAAAUGGACCCUGGGUGGUAUCUUGGCAUAAAGAAGAACGGAUCUAUGAAAAUCGGAACUAAAAAUGCUUAUGGCAGGAAAAGUGUAAAAUUUUUACCACGGAGACUUUGACUUCUCAGUGGUACUUGUUUUUAUCUAUCUUGUCAGUUUCACCUAGAUUUUUUUCAGAAAUAUAAACGUGAAAUCUUUACCUAACAUUAAAAAAAUAUAGUUGAAUGCGGAACAACAAAAGAUAACUUAAUCUCUGAGUAUUUUGAAUCCAGAAAGAGAUUAUAACAAUAGCCAGAUAAUGGAGAUUGAUUUGAUAAACAAUAAUAUUAUCCAUCAGAUGGAGAUGGCCUUCCACAUACACAAAAUAUAAAAUUCAAUCAAGUUGGAAUCAAUUAUCAGGUCUAUAUGUAGAUAAUACUGCUUUGAUUUUGUAUAGUUACAGUUGGAGUGAAAGCUGCAGAGAGACAGAGAGUGAUCUCCGUCAAGUGUCGUCUACCAUUUUCUUUGGAAAAAUUUCAUGUUCACCACAAUUAGGGGAAAAAGGAGCUUAGAUGAGUUUUACGUAAACUCUGUUUGCUCUUCUUACUGAAACUAUUUUCUGAUGAUGGUUCAAAUAGCUCGUUCAAAAUAUUUCGGAGAAUUUCCAGCAAAAUUUAGAACGUUCAUGAAUGUUCAAUUGGUAACAUUUAUGAACAUUGAAAUCAUCUGAGAAUAAAAGUAUUCAACAUUAUGAUGAAAACUUGUUUGCCUAAUUUUUUUACGAUUAUUACAGAUAUCCUUCAGAGAUCAAUCAUUUGUUGGUAGAUUAUAGAUGUUGGCUUCAUCUAUUUCUUUCAUCUAUUUCUCAAUUUUUUUAUGUUAAGGUGAACCGUUUCAUAAAUUUUAUUGUUAUAUUAUCUGCAUUUCAAACAGUAUUAUAGCUUGAAUUUUAUGCCUAUAUAGUUCUACAAAUUAUAGUUUUUGAUACUCA